AUGGAGUGUGAUGGACACCUAAAUCACGAAAUUCUGGAUAUCAUCUCAGCUUAUGAACUGUGCAUAGAACAACACAAAGAAAAAAUCGCUCAUAUAAGAACUGAUAUUAUCUAUAAUAAUCUUUCUAUUCUAUCGGAUGUUAAAAGGAGUGAGGAAAUUUAUCAGUCAAAAUUAUCUGGCCUCCAGGAAUGCAUGACAAAGAAAACUGUGAGAAUGAAGAGUAUGUUUGAUUCAAUAGUAAAUGAUUUGAAUGGAUUCAAAACGUAUAAGCUGUUAAUUCUACAAUCUAGAUUACAAAUACCAAAAAGAAACAUUACCAGAAAAGAAAGAUAUUUAUACCAAUUAGAACAGGUAUUAGACAAGCCUGUACAGUUUCUGAUCUGCCUUAAGAAAACUUCUAUUCCAAGAAUCACGUUCAUUCCUGAUACUCUUUCCUUCUCCCUGAGCUUUGAAAUGAACAGGGUGGGGGCAAUAAAGCUACUAGGAGAAAUCCAAAUCACAGAGACAGGUAAAAGACAAAUAAGAAAUGAACAGCUACUGGAAUUGAUGCAUACACCUGUGUGUGUGUUGGAGAAAUCUUUCACAGUGAUAGGUGCUAUGUUGGUUCGUCACAUAUCCUGUGUUACAAGAGAUCUGAUAUGGAUCAGUGACCCGUAUGGACGAAUCAUUUUGACAAAUACAACAGGUGACCCUCUACAUAUUGUGAAUAAUACAAUAAGUUAUACUGGAGGACACUCUGUAACUCGUGAGGGAAAUUUGAUUUUCAUAGAUAAAUAUAAUAACAUCAACAAGUUGUCUUUAGACAACAAAACGUGUAUUACUCUAAUAAAGAACACAGACCCAUGGAAAGCAGAUUGUUUGUUCUCUUCUCCCUCUAAUGGAGAUCUAAUAGUUGCGAUAAUAAGGUAUGAUACUGUUAAAAAUAUGUAUUCAGAUGCCAAGGUAAUACGGUAUAAUAGUAAAGGACAACAAAUGCAGGUCAUCAAACACGAUAACACUGGUCAGAAACUGUAUAAAUUUCCAAAAUACAUCACUGAGAACCAUAAUAAAGAUGUAAUUGUUUCUGACUUGAAUCAUGGCGUUGUUGUGACAGAGUUUGGAGGAAAACACCGCUUCUCCUACAUGGGACCUCCAUCAGGACCACGAUUAUCUCCACUUGGAGUCUGUGUUGACGCUCUGUCAAAUAUCCUGGUGUCUGAUGCUAAAAGUCAAAAUGUACAAAUGAUUGACAAAGACGGUCACUUCUUAUCACUGCUUUUGACCAAACAAAAGAUAAAUGUAUCAGGGGGUCUGGACUAUGAUAACAGAGAUCACCUUCUCUUUGUUGGAACAACGGAUCAUAACAGAAGAGUGGAUGUCUAUCGGUACAUAAAGAGAAAAGACUAUCUUAUAGACGAUUUUAAUGACUAG